AUGGUAAGGGUGUGUAUCUACAAGAGCAAGGGUCAAUAUUGGGAUGUAAAUAUAUGUCCUUCCAUAAGGUUGAAGUUAAACAAGCUUAAGGAACAACAAAGGUUUUGGCAAGUGGUAGCUUAUGGUUAUAUGCAAUUUGAUGUGAGGCUAGGGUCUGAUGGAUAUGUUAUAGACCUUAAUACCGGACAAUGUGGAUGCAGGGCUUGGCAGUUAACAGGGUAUAACAUUAGGCCACUGAACUGUAGAUGUAUAUGGCCUGAAGUGGAUUACACCCAACCAUUGCCCCCAAAUAAAAGAAGGCUACCUGGAAGACUAAUAAUGAAAAGAAAAAAGGAUCAGGUUGAGAGGAAAGCUAAGGGAACAAUGCAUAUGGUCUCAAGAUGGGGAAUGGUCUUGAGAUGUACCAUUUGUAGGGAAAGAGGGCAUAACAGAUCAACAUGUCUUCAAAGACCAAAUGAUGUACAAUCUACUUCAGGUAAAGUUGAUUUUCAACUGGACAUUGAAGCUGAAUUGGAAGUGGAACGUGUAGUUGUGUUUGAAAGUGAAAGUGAUAGUGACUUUGAAAGUGAAAGUGAAAGUGAAGUGGAAGCUGCAAGUGAUGCGGAAGUUGCCAUUGAAGUACCUGAAAUGGAAGCUAACAUUAAAGUUCCUAAAGCUGAUGUAGAAGCUAACAUUAAAGUUCCUUUAGUUCAAGAUAACAUUGAAGAAGUGGUUCAAGAUGAAGCGGAAUAG